GGACAUAGUAAAAAAUUAAUAUUUACUGAAAAUGAAACUGAUGCGGAUUUCUGACAAAAUUUGUUAUCAGUAAAACUUUUGUGUAACUUGUUAAUUUCAAUUUUUCUUUAUCAUAUUUUUCAUGUCUUCAAAAAUUGUAAACAGCCCUUAUUACACUCGCUUUCUUCGGAUCAAUCGGAGUGACUUUCCUGAUUCUUGCUUGUGCCCUUCCGCAAUACAACAAAUGGUGGCCAUUCUUCACAGUGCUAUUUUAUAUGGCAUCUCCCCUCCCUACGAUGAUCUCAAAACGCCAAAACUAUGAUAAUUCAUCAUGUCUAGAGCUUUCAAUCUUCGUAACUGUGGGAAUAAUUUUGUCGUCCUUUGCCCUGCCAAUAGUUUUGUGUCUGGCAGGAACAAUCGCAACCGGUGCCUGUGUCCUUAACAUUUUAGGCAAUGUCGUUGUCUACUUGACACUUUUUGGAUUCUUUUUGGCUUUCCAAGAAGAUCAUGGCUGGCAGAUUUAAACAAAGCUACAAACCAACUCACUGUCAUUAAAUUAUGAUUUCCUUUCUUAAAUCAAAAAUUUAGUUAUUGAUGUUUAUAUUCACUCCAAUAUACUUAUCAACUUAUCGAGUAAGAAAAGCAAGGAAUUUAAAUGUUUUAGUGGCAUGGAAUAAGUUUCGUAAUUUAAAAACUUUACUUAAGGCUUUCUAAAACUUCUUCACUCUGUAGAUCAACAUAAAUAGAAAUAAAAUUAUUGAUAUGAUUAAACACAAAGAA